GGAUUCCUGGCCUAUCAAUCCCUAUCUUUUAGUUACGUGUUAGACGUGCAAAGUUCAGCCACAGCAACGCCCUGGCGCCGCCAGAUAUCAAGGUUUCCAGGUUUUUUUACGCUCGCACCUCCAAAUGCUUACCAAACAAGCCAUACGAGGCCAAUUGGGAGACGCCUAUAGUAGAUUUGGGUUGCAGGACGAUGGUAUGACGCGCUCUGUAUGCAGAAGGGUGGUCGCGGACAAUGCCUGUAUGAACCGAACGCUAUCGUCCACAAGGCCAAAGGCCACCGCAGCUGCCCACAAACACCGCAACAACAGCAGCAAUCUCCGCAACGCAUCUUCGUGUCUUACGGCAGCAGCAGCAGCCGCUGCAACCUCGAGGACAUCCCAUCUAGACACCACACCAUCCCCAUUCGACAUCAGCAAUCCCGAUAGCGCCACUGCUGCCCUUCGGGACGCCACCGCCUCCGCCUCCACCUCAGGUCAGGGAGGCAGCGACCCUUCCUCUCCCUACGAUCGCCUGCUCUUGCAGCGCCAGCAGCAGCGUCAACAACGCGCUCCUCGUGGCAACAGCACAAGCAGCAGCAAUGGCAGCAGCAGCACCACCACCACCACCCGUCGGACCUCCCUCUCUUCCUCCCUCGCCUCCCCCACCACCCUCUCACACUCCCCAAGCCAGCAGCAGCAGCCGGAGGAUGAAGAGGAGCAGCAGCCUCCCCAGACCCGGUCGCGGCUCGCACGCAAACAACAGGCGGCAGCAGUGCCCCAAGAGCACGUCUCCGAGGAAGCUGCAACACCAACAGCAACAGCACACAAGAAGGAAGAGCUGGCCCCCUUACACCACCUCUCCUCCUCCUCCUCCUCUCCUCCUUCCGCCACCGCCCUUCGCGAUGCCGACCUCCAACUCACCGGCGACCAGCCAACAUCCCUCCCCGCCUCCCGGCCACCUCCCCCGCCGCCUCGUGACGCCUCCCCGCACCCGCUACCCACGGGGGUGUCUGCCGCCCGCGACCGGGACAUGUACGAGGAGCUCCGCAGCUGCGAGGACUGGCGGGACGUGGUGGACGUACUAGCGGACGAGGCGGGGCAGCUCAGCGUGCGUACGGCAGUGCAGGCGCUGACGAGGCUGAACGGACUGACCCGUGGGUCGGAGGCGGCGCGACGGGAGCUGCGGGAGCUGCCGGUGUUUGGGGUGCUGCUGGAGUUGCUGCACUCGCAGGUGGCGGUCAUGAACAACGUGCAGCUGUCCAACUGCCUGCAGGCCUACUCGCAGCUGCAGGUGCCGCUGCCGGAGCCCACCCUGGAGGCCUACUAUGCCGCGGUGGUGGCGGCGGCGGAGCGGUUCUACCCGCGGGACAUUGCCACGGUGUUUGCGGCGGCGGCGGCGCUGAAGGGGGCCGGCAGCAGCAGUGGUGACGGCAGUGGCAGUGGUGGGCAGCAGCCGCCUCAGGCACUGCUGGACAAGCUGGGCUUCCGAGCCACGGCCUUCAUGACCGCGGGGCAAUUCGACUCCCGCUCGCUGUCCUCGCUGCUGCACGGCGCCGCCCGGCUGGGAUACAGCAACUCGCUGCUGGCGGGUGCGGCGGCGCGGGCGGCAGCAGCGCAGCCGGGGGGCGUGCGAGACAUGGCGCCGCAGGGUGUAUCCAACACGCUGUGGGCCCUAGCCCGGCUGGGCUGCUACCACCCCCCCGCGGUGGAGGCGGCGGUGGAGGCCUUCUGCGCCGCCCCCCUCGCCUUCAAACCGCAGGAGGCGGCCAACCUGCUGUGGGCGCUCACGGCGCUGAGACACCACCCGGGGCCCGCAUUUGCGCUGCUGGUCAAGAGCCUCCUGAAGCAGCAGCGGGAACAGGAGGAACAGGAGGAGGCGGAGGAAAAGGAGCAGCAACAACAGCAGCAGCCUGCGAGGGGGCAGCCCGCGCCGCCCACUGCCAUGGAGCUGUGCAACAUGUACUGGGGCCUGGCGCUGCUGGGGCGGGUGGAGGGGGCGGUGUUCGGGCAGCUGGAGGCGGCGGUGGCGGCGGAGUGGGGGCGGGGGGGGCUGCCGGAGAGCCUGGGCAGGAUGGCGUUCCAGGGCUUCCUGGCUUCCCGGCUGGCCGGCGCCACCCGCCCGCCCGCCUUCCCGCCUGCCGCCCUGGAGGCGCUCAAGGGCAGCUGGACGGACACGGUGACCAAGCUGGCGGCGGGGAGAGGAGGGCGUGUGUGUUUGGAGGAGGUGGCGGAUAUACUGGACCAGCUGCAGGUGGUGUACGACAAGCGGCGACCCACGGGUGACGGUCUGGCGCUCAUUGACAUUGCGCUGAAGGCGGGUCCGGAGAAGUUCGUGGCGUUGCAGGUGAUCGACGAGACCUUCCACUGCGCCAACGGCUCCCAGCUGCUGGGCCAGGUGGUGAUGCAGCGGCAGCUGCUUGAGAAGAACGGCUGGGAAGUCAGGUUCCUGUUGGGUCGCGACCUGGCCCGGCUGGCCCCCGACAUGCGGCCGCUCUUCGUGGCGGACCUGCUGCGGAGCAUGGGCGUGCGGGUGCGCAAGCAGCAGCGGGAGGGGGGGCAGGGGCGGGAGCAGGAGGGGCAGGGACAGCAGCGGCGGGGGCAACAAAAACCGGCUAGGCAGCCUAAGCGGGGCUGAGGCUGGGGGCUGAGGCGGCACUGACUAUUGACUCGUACAUUGACCGGGCAGUGGCGGUGGGGGAACAGUUGGUGUUGGUGUUGGAGCCGGGAUGGCGGCGGUGGCGGUGGGGGCGAGCAAGCCGGUCGGAGGAAACUAGCGUAGUCCGCUCACGUAGGUUGUGUAGGGGUGGAAAGGAAGGACGCAGCCAUGUAUGACAUGUGGGGUGCACCAUGGGGUGCAUCAUGGAGGGGAGGGGCGAGGAGCACCGUACCGGCGGUAGAGGAGAGGUCCUUACAAGGGGCAGUG